UCAGUAGUCGUUCAUACUCGCAGUUAAUGUUACAAAAACGGUGUACUGCACCAGAAUAUAUUAAUAUUUUUAAUUAUAGGUAUUAAUUCAGAUUUUCUACACCUCUCAAUUAAAACUAACAAUAUCAUUACACAUUUUGUCUCGAUACAAAUACAUCGAAGUUGAGGUAGAGUAGGGAAGCAUCGACACAACCUGACGACGCCAUUACAUUACUCCUUUUACGGCAGGUUCGGUCAGGGCCGCAUCCAGUGAAAUUUCAGGGUGGUUUAUCGUUAUUUUAGAUUCUGACAAAAAUGGUUAAGUGUUCGAUAAAGUGUUGCGUUAGAGAUGCGAAAAAAGACAUUGGAGUGAGUUUCUUCAGGUUUCCGGCUGAACCGGCUAGGUGUGAUGAAUGGAUGAAAGCAGUGGGUCGGCCAGACCUUCUAGGGAUUGACACUGACAAGUUCCACCAGUCUAAAUACAGGGUGUGCGCUGUACAUUUUCAUCCCAACAGUUUUUCGUCCAUGCUGUUGAACCGAUUGAAGAAGGAGGCCAUACCAGUGAAAUUUCCUUUUGAAGCGAUACCUGGGCCUUAUUUUGAACUGGAUCCCGACGAUUUUCAAAAAAUGAUGCCAGAUUAUGAAAGUAAUGUGGAAAAUAAAGUAGACAGUGUAAAUAAGGACCAACCUGAUGAUAAAAGUGGUGAUGAGCACCAAAAAGAAUCUGAAAAUGAAGUCACAACAAAUUCUGAUGAACAAGAAGAAAUAGAAAAAGACCAAGAAAUGGAAUCGGAAGCUGGAAAAGAGAUUGAUUCAGAAAAACAUACUGAAAUGGAGAAAGGAGAACAUGUAGAAGCAGAAAAUAAUGAACGGAUUGAACCUGAAAAGACAGAAAAUAAAAUGGAAGAUCCAUUAAAAUCAAAUGAGCAGGUUGAUUCUGAAAAAUUGGUGGAAGAUGGUUCUUCACAGAAAACAUCAGAAGAUGGUAUUUCAAAGGAAACUUCAGGGGAUUGUGCAAAUAAUGAAGCAGAAAAUUCGCAAAGUAAAGAAACAGAAAAUGGCAUAGCUGUAGCAAAUACAGAAGAUAAUAGUGAAAAAAUGCAAAUAGAUGAAAAUGAAGAAGAUGAAGAUGAUGACUUCAACCCUCUUCUGCUUUGUCCUGAUAUUUCAAUGGAUGUGGAAGAAUCUCCAGUGCUGACUGGAUCAACAGAAACCUCACAAAUGACUGACACAGCAGAUUCUAAUUCUUUAUUUGCUCCCUUGUUCUCAACAUUUGUAGAUGAAAUGACUGGAGCUGAAAUUUCAUUCAAUUUGACAACAGAGGAACAGCAACUGAGAGGAAGACUCUAUGGGCCUAAUAAUCCAAUUCAGUUCACUAAAAUUCAUUGUACUGCGUGCAAUGUCCAUUUGGGUAGCGCUUUAGCAGGUCAGACCAAUCGUUUCGUUCACCCUCUUCUCAAAGUGCUGAUCUGCAAAGAGUGCUACCAUUUCUAUACCAGUGGAGAGUUUGAAAAAGACGAAGAUGGUAGUGAACUUUAUUGCAGAUGGUGCGGCCAAGGAGGACAAGUUCUGUGUUGUACAAUGUGCGAAUUUGUAUUUUGCAAGAAAUGUAUCAGGAUCAAUUUCGGCAGAAAAAAGUUGACCCAGGUUAGGGACAGCGAUGACUGGAAAUGUUUCAGAUGCGACAUGUCCCAGCUCAAGGCUCUGAGGGCCAUGUGCGUAGAAUUCUUCGAAUAUAUACGCCGGGAGACAGCUCGAGCUGCCAGUUAUACGGAUACCGAUAUCGUGAAUAAAGACCAUACCAACUGUUGUCAGGGGCAAAACAAAAAACGCUCCUUGGAAUCGGACAAGGAGACUGAGAAAGAAGUGGUUAGGCGACCGAAAAGAAGAAGGAACGAAGAGGAGGAUCCCGACUAUAACCCUUACGUGAAGGAAGACGAUGACGUUGCUUCUUCGUCUCUCCCGAGCACGUCAGGUGUGAAAGCCGCCGCGAAUGUCUCAAAACCCAUCUUAAUCCAUGGUGAUGCUGCGAAAAUUCAGAAUGAGAUGAAAUUUUCCAAUCAGAGUCCACCACCCACAGUUCGUAUCGGAAAUACCGUUUUGAAUGUUAAGGGCUUGGGAACACUGUCACCAGUCAAUAUGCCUCCUCUGGUAUCCAGAAAUACAGCGAUCCGAACGCCUGUACAACAAACCUACAUAAAACCCAAACCUGCGUUCACACCCAGGUCGUCUCAUCCACAAACUCCAAAUCCGAGGCCAGCCGUUACACCAAAUGUACAUAUCAGGACGCCUGUCAAACCACCCCUCAUGAAACACGAAUGGUUCGAGAAGACUGUUCGUGCAGCGGCAAGGGUCAACUCGAAUUUGUCCUACACUCUAACCCAGCUGAACAAGGCGCAAUCGAGCGCCAGCAGCGUCGAGCAGCUCGCAGUGGUCCACAACAAACUACAAGAGAUCUUGAGCAGUUCCAUCAACUCGCUGAUACAGAUCAGGAAAAAUUUGAGGACCGAGUUCAUUGCCGGCAUCAAAACCAUCAGAUUUCCACCAAAACAAGCAGUGGAUCCCAAUGAUGAUGAUGUUAUUAUUGUAAAUACCGAAACAUCAACUUCUAAUUCUACCCAGAACAACAAAAUGUCGAUGCCAGCGCCCUCUCAAAAUACCGCCAAGAGGUUGAUGAAACAAAAAUCUACAGUCAACAGUAGCACUCCUACAACAACUGCCAACAACACACCGAGUAAAGGGUACUUGAAAGUAAGAAGCUUUUCUCAACUCCAGUCUGUUUCUUCCGAAUGCAUUACAAUACCAGAUGAUGAUCCUCCUCCGAACCCAGAACCUAUAGUUGUUGAGGUUAGCGAGGAUGUGCUUCAGGAAAGUGCAAGAAAAGACAACAACGACAAGGAGGCAGUUAAAGAAACAGAGAAAAAAACUGACGAGAAAGAUAAGAAUGAAGCAAGACAAGAAAAAGAUAAGAGCAAAGACGUUGGAGAUAAGGACAAAGUCAAGAAAAAAAGUUCGAUAGAAACAUCACAAGAAGAAGGAAAUAAUACUAAAGAUGAAGAAAAUAAUACUAAAGAUAAAGAAAAUGAAGAUGAAUGUGUUCAAAAUGGAGAAAAAACAGACAAAGAUAAAACAGAGAAGGAAGAGAAUUCAAAGACUAACAAUUGUGAAAGUAAUGGUAAAGAAAAAGAUAGUAAUGAUUCGGAAAAGUGUAACGGUGAAGUGAAAGUGAAGACAGAACCCGAGGAACAUUGUUACAAUGUUAACGAUAAUCCUACCCCGAAAAUACGAAGAAUGCUUUCUGUGAAAGUAAAUCUUAAGAAAACGCCAGUUAUUGAAAAUUUGGUCAAAAAGGAACCAGUGGAAAACGGUGAUAAUUGAAGAUAUUGUGGAAAGACUUUGAGUUUCCUGAUUUUUAAAAUUGUGUAAUUAGUUGGAGAAUCCCUAUCGUUAUUAAUGAUGGAUUACAUUCCUUUAUGAAAUGUACAUAUUUAUUAUUGACUGCUGUAUGCAUAUUGCUUUAAAUAUAGGUGUUCAUAUUA